AUGGCACCAACUUCAGCAGACAAGGAUAAUGGGGACAAUGGAAGACUAGCACGCAGGCAACAACUACUUACUGAAAUUGUUCUGAGGAACAAAUUGACAACUCUUGUGUUUGAUGGUGACACAACGUGUCGGGUUUUGGAGCAGGUACUUCUUCGUUCUUAUGGGGUUCAAACUCAAGGUGUCGACAACGGUAGGGAUGCAAUCGCCCUCAUUGCCUUUGGUGCCAAAUUCAAUCUCAUCAUCAUCAAAAAGAUUCUCCCUAUCAUGAAUGGCCUUGAGGAAACAAGGCAGAUUCAUUAAAUGGGAGUGGUUGUAAGAUACUGGGGGUCACAGCUUGCUCGGGAGAAAGUGAAAGGCAGGCAUUUUUGGCAAUUGGUGUUGAUGUGUUCAUUGAAAAACCUUUGGAUCCUGAGCAUCUGGUUCCCAUCUUGAGGGAACUUGAUGGGGAGUGAGUGAAGAUCCUUAGACUUUCCUGUUGUUAUAGUAGUUGGCUACCAACUUUGAUAGUUGUUUGUUGAUUUUUUCAUGUUAUUAGCUUUGAACAAUAAUAAUGUAUUUUAGUAGGCUAUAGUUUAUUUUUCGGGUCUAGUCCAAUAGUAAUGGGUAAUGCCAUG